AUGGAAGCCAUUGGGGCAGCUUCUGCCAUCCUUGCAAUUGCAACAGCUGGAGUACAAUGCUCUGUAAAGCUCGCGACUUUUGCAGGGCAGGUCAAGACAGCACCGGAACACAUCAACAUGAUCGCCGAAGAUGUGUCAUUGAACGCGAGUAUUCUACAGCAACUAGGCGCAUUGGUCCACGAAAAUAUACAAGAUGAACAUCUACCAGACGAGAAAGACGAGAAAGACGACAAAGACGACAAAGUUAACACUACCCACAAUGUGAAUUCGGUCUCAAAACAGAGUAUCUUCAAUAAAGCCGGGCUGGGAACAGUUAUGCAGCUAGCGAGAAAAUGCGAAGAGAUCUUCAAGUCGCUGGACCGGUCCUUAGGCAUCGCUAGCAAGCAGCUGCUUGCAAAAACUGGGAUAUUGGGCAAAGUCAAACUCAGUCGCACGGAGAUGUUCAAAUGGCCGUUCCUACUCCCAGGAAUUGAUACGAUGCGGAACGAGUUGAAGAAUGUCAAGGGGACUUUGAUGUUGAUGCUUCAGGUUGCUACCCUGGCUUAUUCUAGAAGGAUGAUGGGGGAAUGCGGUCAAAAUAUUCAACGCAACACGGCGAUUGUUGCCUAUUCCAGAGAUGAUCAGGAGUUGCUGGUUGAAGCUAUUGUUGUAGCGCAUAAAUCCCAGGCAUCGAAAGCUUCCGAUAUUGCAUCAGUUAGGGAACGACCCGCGUUCUCCCAACUCUCGGAGCCCUCGACCCAAUGCCCGGCUAUGGAUUCCACGCCAAAUGCGAUAGUAGCUAGUGGUCAAAAUGAGACCGAACCCAACUUGGGGAACAAUCUUCAUGAUCAACCAUCCCGGCGAAGAAGCAUUGCUACCGAAAGUAUAUCAAUUUCUGAACCAUCACCCGUUCAGUCCCAAAUUACCUCACCCCCACCGGCCUCGCCCAAAUUUAGCAUCAACCUUAUAUCUCCGAGAGCAUCCAUAAUCCACCAACAAAUCCGCAUCACCUACGAUACCCGUUUAAUCGAACUCCCAGACUCGGCGAUCGAAUCCCAGCUUCAAGAGUGGAGGUCAUCCAUAAGCAGAACCGUCCUGGCCCAGAUGGCUGCUCUGAGUCCCAUUGAGGUUGAAGCCCUCGAUUCCGCGUUCAAUCUGCAAGGAGAGACGCCGGAGUGCAUUCAGUUCGGCGAUUAUGGUACCCUCAUUCAAGGCAUUGAAGAUCUCAAGGCCAGGACCCUCACUGUAAUCACGAAGGGCGUACCUCAAUCAACUUGGCGGGAAGAAAAGAAGGAAGAAAAGAAGGAGAAUGAUAAAAUGCCUUUCGGCGGUAGGACAUUCAGGACUUUCGAAACUGAGGGGGAAGUCAAGACGAUAUUCGAUCGCAACACAGCAGGUGGAAGGAAUGAAGAAAGGCGAGAAGAGAUCAACAAGAUGGAAGAUGAGGAUGAACAGGUCGAACUCGAAGCAGAUGAUGACGAUUAUGAUGAACAGGUUGGACACGAAACAGAAGACGCCGACUAUGAUGAGAGCCCAGAGAGCGAUGAUGCAGAAGCAAUUGUUGAUGCUCUAUUGGCUAGAUACACUGUGUGA